CUGGGCAUCCCGCACGCCUGGACGGACACAUUCGCGCAUCACUGUCGCCGUUCGCCGCGCCAGCCGCCGCGAGAAGCCCGCUGCCGCGCAGACAAAGCUAUCCCAAGCAGGGGUCGCCACUCGCCGCGCCAGCCGCCACGAGGACGCCCGCAUCUCCGAGAGCAACCAUGGCCAGCGAGGCCGAGACCGCCAACACAACGGCGACGGAGGCCGACCUCGCGCGCGUGCUGACGCGACAAGACGAGCCCGAGGACCGAAGCGACGAGAUCCGACAACUGCGCGAGGAGAAUGCAAGGUUGAGAAAAUGGGACGAGCUGACAAGGGAGAUCGAUCGGGACGAACGCAAUGAAAAGGACAGCAAACAUUAUGCGCAAGCUUUGGUACAACAUGCGAGGCAACAACGCGCGGCGAGAGAAGCGCGGGAAGCGAGGGAAGCCGAGAAGGAGUUCAAGGCCGCCGAAGCAGCUUCGUCACUGUGUAUCACGGAGCGCGGCGCGGGCCCGCACGAUGCGUUCGUCCGGGCCGUGAUCAAGGGCGAUAAUCCAAAAAUCGCAAGGGCACCGAAGAAGAAUCCUACGGUGGAUAUGAGUGAAGCGGAGAAGGCGCGGAAGGACGGGAACACGGCCAUAGCCUUAGGGAACUACCGGAGGGCCUUCUGGCGCUAUGCUGAUGGGUUGAAGGCUAUUCGAUAUGCAGAUAACGACGACGAGGCCUCGUCCCUACGAGCGACUUUAUAUGCGAACCGAGCCCAAGCCGGGUUGCAUCUGGGCUUCCACCAGGCGGCGUGUAGGGAUGCCGCCGCUUCUCUCGUGGAAGAUCCUUCCCGAUUAAAGUGCUGGCACCGCCUGGGCACGGCGCUGUUCAACACCGGCGACCACGCCCUGGCCUUGGAUGCGUGCCUGCGGGGUUUGGCGCUCAAGCCGGACCACGCGCCGCUGCGCGCUUUGGAGCUCAAGGCGUCCGCGGCGAAAGCGGCGGACGACGCGGCGACGGCGGCCGCGGCGCCUCCAGUACCUGCGCCGGCGCCGGCGCCCGUCGUGGAGCCGCCGCCGCCGCCGCCGCCGCCGAAGGCGUUCGAGCAUAGUGCGCGCAAGCCGGUGGCCGUGAAGGCCUAG